CUGCAAGCCCAGAUGGUACAAACAAACCCACCGAACACGGUCAUUUGCAUUGAUUCCCAGGGGAGCGGUGGAUCACAUAGUGCACAUUCUGGAUCUGAAAAGCGCUGGAGAUCUCCUUCCUCUUGUCACGUACGUACGUGACAUGCCUUCGAAGGCGGGAGACAAGUGUCUGCAACCAAACCCAACAACUUUGCUUACGUUUGAAACUAAAUGCACCUUCAGACAAGCGUACACCAGGUACUACAAAGCCAGCAGCGUCGCGCUCGAUCCACCCUCCCCUCCCGUCCUUACCGACGACCGAUCAAGCCCCAAGCCCAGAUGGCGCAGACCGCCGCCGUGACUCCGGCCCCUGCUCCACCGCCGGCGACCCGCCCGAAGCUGUCGGGUGGGCUCGAGCCGCUGGACGCGCGCAUCAAGGAGCUGACCUCGUCGCAGGGGGAGCUGCUGGCCAGGAUCCAGAAGCUCAAACAGGACGUGCAGAAAUGGCGCUCCAACGUUGAGGCGCAGGUCAAGACCUGCCACAACGAGCUUGUGGAGGUGAAGGAGGGGCUCGCUUCUGAAGUGCAGCACCUGAAAUCCGUGUGUCCUCUUUCUGUCGACCUUUUUACUGCCUUCGGGGCUCUGUGUAUCCUUGAAACAUUUCAAGCUCACAUUGUGUUAUUUGUUGCUUCAAGGACAUCAAGGAAAUCAGAUUUGCUCUCCAGGAAGAGAAGGCAAGCUCGAAAGCGGAGCAAGCCGGGAAGACACAAGACCAGGUACUCAAGACUGAUGAUGAACAGACCGAGCAACAAACUGCGGUGCAAGCAUGAAAUUUGCGGCCCCCGAUUCAAACAGAACUUGUGGAUGUUCAACUUACUCCUGUGGACCACCCAGAAAAAGUAGGUAAAUACAUAGUACAUUAGAUCAGGAGGGGUAGAUACGUACAUGAACUCGCUUGCACAUCGCGCUUGCUUGCCACAUGCCACUAUACCAGCAUCAGCAAACUGAAGUGCAUAGGUUUCAAAACCCUGUAAGAGUGAAACGUUAUAAAAUGGACAGGAAUUGCUUAUUUUGUAACAGUCCUAUAUAACAUGUAUUUUGAAAAGGUACUUGAAUUAGAGAAAU